AUGGACACAACAUGCAACAUCAUGGAGGUGCCGCGGCUCAGCAUACUACGACAGGCGGUGAUUAUCACGACCAGUAUGCGCAGCAUCGCGCGCAAGCGCAUCAACAGCAGCAACAUCACCAUUCUGCUAAUAGUGGUUCUUAUCAAGAUCAACUACAGCACCACUACCACAACAUGGAA